AUGAACCUCUCCCCUUGGAGGAAUCUGGUGUUCGGUUGCCCGAAUCCACGAACCGUCGACGUGGAGCGUGUUCGAACCAUCUUGGAGAGGAUGCAGAUGAAAGCAACUCUGAAGCUGAUUUCGUCGGACAUGGCCAGGCAUUCUCAGCGCGAGUCUGCCGAGGCCCAAGACCUCUCCAAGACUUCUGGGGAGUCCUGGCUCAGUUCGAUCAACUACACGGAGAAGGUAAAACUCCACCUUGCCCGUGCCUUCAUCAUGAACCCUGAGGUCAUGGUUCUGCAGCGGCCUCUCCACCAUUACGAUGCAAACACGGCCAAGAUUGUGCUGGACCUGCUUAAGGCCCACGUGAACGAGCGGGGUCUGGGGCUCCCUGAGGAGAGCGUGGGGCGGCGCCGCCCCAGGACCGUGUUCUUCACGGCGGAGGAGCAUUCCCAGGCACAGCGAGCAGACGUUAUCUGGAGGAUCCAGGACGACGGCUCUGUCGUCACCGGUCAGGAUGAGCUGGGCACCUGGUCUGCAUCGAUGCCUCCAAAGUCCUCGGAAGCUGAUGCCCAUGGCGUCUAA